GGUAUAAAAACGUGUCAAAGACAGAUGUGAGGCAGUCAUGGAUAAAAAAUCCAAAGUCAGCACCACCUCGCCAAACCAAAACAAUGGAGGAACUGUUCCCUGCACCAGAUCGAUUUGUAAACUACAGCAAUGCAUUGGAUACUGGUCCCAGAGCCACCUGUGCCUAGGCUUUCUUUACCUAUUGUUGAAGACCUCAUUUCAAGCCAGGAAUUCAUCUCCUCAGAAAACCCCAUUGAUUGGAUGAAGCAAAAAUUAAUAAUAAAUGAGCAGCAAAUUCAGCAGAUUGCCAGUCUUACCAUCGGACAAAAAGAUAACUGCUUGUGGUCAUCAGUUCGCAAGAAUAGAUUGACAGCCUCCAACUUUGGUUGUGUUUUGGCAGCAAUCAAGAGAAAUAGAUAUCCAAUAUCCUUGUACAAAAGACUAUGUUCAGCGUAUGAUCUUUCUAAGAAGGAUGCCAUCAUUUGGGGGAUGUGCAAUGAAAAGAUAGCCAUUGAGAAAUACAAAACUUUUGGGGAUGCUGUUGUAGAGCCAACGGGUAUCUGGCUUCACAAAAAUGGGGUUCUUGGAUCAAGUCCAGAUGGAAUCGUACGUCAACCUGCGCUGUUUGGAUAUUGUUAUCAAGAUCCAGCUCUUGCUGACAUGCUUCAGUUAUAUAACUUUCGACCAGAAAUAUUGGAGGUGAAAUGCCCCUUUUCGGCAAAGGAGAUGACUAUUCCUGAAGCUAUCGAAAAAUUGAAUGAUUUCUGCUUAGAGUUUCAAGAAUUCCAUGGAGUGAAAUCAUACAAGUUAAGAGAAAACCACCAAUAUCAUGAUCAGGUCCAAGGACAGCUGCACAUUACUGGAAAGUCUGUGUGUGACUUUAUGGUUUGGACACCAAAGGACUGUGCAAUUGUCAGAAUCACAAAACAACUCAGUUGGGAGGAUAAUAUUUCUGUUUUGACAGAUUUUUACUUUGAUAAAUUUGUUCCCCAUCUGCAACAGCUAUAAAAAUAUUAAAUAUGAUAGCAACAUAUUCAUACUCUUGAUUUCUAACAUUUCAAUCUUGACCUACAAAGUUUUGAGCAAUUUCCUGCAAAAGAGGAUCCUGAAAAUUGACAAGUACACAGCAUAACUGAAACACUUUGGUACUGAUGUAUCUAAACUGAUGAGGGAUAUGUCUAAGAAUUUCAUAAUUUUUUAUGCGCUCAUUUGCACGCUCAACAUGUAUACGUGAUUUAGCAAUUUUUCUACAAAGCUGAACUUCACUGGGGGUGUACUGCGAUUUAGCUGUAAGGAAGGGAGGAAUAUUAAGGUGUACUCCUUGGGGCAACAACUUGUGAAUAGUAAACCCUUUAUCUGCUAAUAUCAUGUCACCGGGCGCUAAUUGCUCUAAAAUUUUGCUGUGCUCUACAAUUGCAACAUCAGAUGUGCUCCCAGGGUACAAUUUACUAACAAACACCAAGGCACCAUUCGGUGCAACACCUGUAACACUUUUUACAGUGUGUGAAUUUUUGUAGCCACUGUAUGUGCUGGCCUGCAAUCUCAUGUCAUUCCCAGGAACAUCUUGGUUGAUUUCAGUGGCGUCGAGUACUAUUCUGCAUGAGCUAAAAUCGCCAAAACUGGUAGGCAUAGAUCCCUUGCAUUUUUGUAGAGAUGGAAUGCGACUCUCUAUGAGUCCUUCAUAUAAAACCUCAUGCAUAGCACAAAUUUGAGAAGUUACAAUGUUAUUAACUGAUGAUGCACUCGUGUUGAAUCUCUCUGCAAGGUCCAAAAGAGGGGUGUUCAUAGUUAUUUUCAUUAAUGUCAUCAACAGUUGGUCUGUCAAAGAAAUGAAAGAUGGUCUCCAUCCAUCAAUGUACUUA